AUAUAUAAUUGUAUUUUGGGAUAAAGUGAAGCACAGGAGUUGAGGAGAGCUCCUCACACAGGGGGUUGGGUUGCCGUGCCGAUUGGCUGCUGUUCACAGACACAUACAGUCACGGGCUUGAAACAGAACCAGGGGCAGGUCGACAGCAAGGAAACCAUAAUCAUUGAAAAUUAAAAGUACACCGUCCGUGUCGUAACCCGAGAGGGGUAGAGUGAUGAUGGUAUGAAUGUGUUCUCAGGUUCUCUGGCCUACUACUGCAGCUGCGGCUGGGAUUUUCUUCAUCCACUUUCACAAUUUGGGAAAAAAGGUCAUUUGACGCGCACAAGCGAAGAGUUUUCGAUAUCAGUGACAUUGGUCAGCAUGUAAAUGAUAAUGAAGCAGUGCCAUUAUGAUUCGCCCACAUGUGCAUACUCUCAGUAAUGCAACACAUUGCCGUACCUGUCCACAGGUGCCUGAUCCACUAGAAAGUACAUGGAAAACAUCACCAGCCAGCAGAAAGACACUUGGCUUUAACCCUCAACUUUCCUGUCUCAUCUGUCUAUGGGUUAAAGUCUAAGAGUCAAAACUUACUUCUCAUCCAUAGAGAAGCUUUAAAAAUCUGACUUUUUAGAAUCAGGACCUGCCUCUUUCUGCCAAGGACCCACAAGUCUUAUGGGACAGUGUGCAGACAAGGAACUCAGAUGGGGGCGUGGUAGCCAGAUUGAGCUGUUGACACAUCCGUCUCAAAAUGGAUGCAGCUUUGACUGACAGCUGCACGUCCCCACCUAGCCCUGAUUUUAGUCUGGACUCAUCCAGUCCAUUUGCAAAUGGACUGCACUUUGAGUCAAUACUGUUUGAAGAUGAAGACGAGGAUGAAGUUAUGAAUCCAGAGAUGGAGUCUCAACUGGAGAGAGUGUCAUGUGGCUCAACGAAAGAACAUACAACAAAUUCAAAGUUGAAGACAAAAUUGGAUGUCAAGUCUAGAAACAAAAUUUCAAAUGCUCACACAUCUCUGGGGCAGGAAGCUGUAUUUAAAGACAAGUCUACAAGUGAUAGUGGGCUCUCUUCUCUUGUGAGCAGGUCUGCUGGGAUUAUAAUGACGAAAAAAACAAAAAAAACAAAGGCUCUACCACCAGUAAAAUAUUUGGAGGGCGAAGUAAUAUGGGCUAAAUUCAACCGUAGACCAUGGUGGCCAUGUCAGGUGACUGUUCACCCAGUUGAGGGAGUUUAUCACAGAAUUAAAGAGCCACCAGAUAGGACCAAUCGGCAGUAUUUCCUCAAGACAUUCGGGGAACCUGAAGAACAGGCAUGGGUCCCUGAGCGAUCUACUCAUAUAUUUGUGGGUGGAUAUCAGUUUAACAAUCUCCCUUUUGUGAGAGGAAGUGGACGGCAACAAGAUGAAAACACCAGACACUCUAUACCAAAGCGUUUUGUGAACUCUUGGAGAGCUAGUGUGCUUGAAGCAGAAGCACUUCUCCUGGAGAAGCCAAGGGCCACCACUCCCUGCUCAGACCUCACCAAAACAAUCCCUGAAGGAACUACAAACAACACAGAAAACAAAUUGUCCGUGCCAGUGGAAUUACCCAACUUUAGUCCUCUGACCAAUGGAACAGUUACACAAAAAGACCAUCUGAACACCUUACCACACAAUCAAGGGUCUAAAAACAAAAAGAAACAGAGAAAGUCUUCAACACAUUUAAAAAAAUCAGAGGAAUUUCUUUAUGAGAAGGAUAAGAUUAUGGAAGCUUUGGACAGUCCCUACUCUGACAUUGAUUCUGUACCACAGAUCCGAAGAUGUCCCAAAAGCACUGAGCAAAUUUCGAAGUACUGCGCUGUUAAUAAUCAGUCAAACUCAACCUCAAGUCAACUAACCAUUGCAAAUGACAAAGAGGUAAAGAAGAAUGUGGAGAACCAGGGUGGCCUUUGGUUUAGCAAAACAGGGAAAGGUCAGGUCAAUGGGGGACUUAGUCGUGCUGGCAUUAAAUCUGUGAACUGUUCUUUUGGGAAGGUAUCUUGUAAAAUUAAGAUGCCAGAUUCCGCAAGCAUGAAACCCAAAGACAAUCACACCACCGGAAUUGAACAUCUAUCUACAGAAGCCAGGAAAGCUCUUGAUAGGAGAGUGAAGUGCCUUCCAGCAAGUAGUCGCCUGAUGACAAGAGCACUGAAAGCGAUGGAGGAGGCAGAGUGGAUGAAGAAACAACUGGUAAACCAAGAGUCAGCAUCAAAUGUCGAAACAGAGAAUUGUGUAUCUUUUUCGGAUGUUAUGCCUGAAACAACAGAUGUAGACAACCAUGUCCCUUCACAGAAGAUGCCAACUACAGCAAGAUGCGAUCUGAAAGAGGACUCAAAAAGUAACAUGCGCACGCAGUUAUCAUCAGAUCUUCUGAGUUGUAAGGAUGAUGCAAAUGUGGUCAAAUCUGAAGAUGAAGCUUCUUUGAUAUCUCAAGCACCUGUUGCCUUUCAUUCAUCCAAAUGCAAACAAGAGAGGCAUGCUUCCGAUUCGUCUUCUAGUUCUACUCAAUCUUUGCGCUUAAAGAUGGAAGAUGUGGAAAACAUGAAAGAAAUAACUUUCAAAUCACUAACAAAUGAACAGAGUGGCCAGCCUUUGUCAUUUCAUCCUGAUGCAAACUAUAAGUUUAGCACAUUCCUAAUGAUGCUCAAGGAUAUGCACGAUAGCCGGGAAAAAGAUGGAACUACAUUGGUAAUAGAACCGUUGCCUAUAAAUGAACUUAUUAAAGAGGAGCCAUCACUGAUUCUAGACGUAAAAGAUGAGAUGAACACAAUAAACACAAUCAAUCAACAAAAAUGUCAGCCGGGCAAAACUGCAUCAAAACAGAAGAAGAAACCAAAGUCAAGGACAAAUAUGACAUCAGGAAUUCAGCUGACCUCUACUGUGUCAAAAAACACUCAAAGACCUAGCAAAAAAAUUUGUUCAAAAAAGAAAAACUCUGAGAUCACAGCAAAUAUCCACUCAAGAGAUACAUUUGAAGAACUGGUAUCUGAGCACCAACCGUCCUCAGAAGAACCAGAAACUAAGUUCUCGGCUAAUGUGCCUAAAAAGCGUUGGCAAAAGUUUGACCAAGUCAGUGAUAAAGCAUUAAAUGUAGUUGAAUGUACUUGUAUUCAAGAAACAGAACAAUUAACCUCAGAAAAUUGUGACGUUUUGGUGGGUGAUACAAAUAAGUAUUGUCCCUUUGUGCCUGGGAAGGAAACUAUAAUCAAUGCAUCUGAAAAUACUCAAGGCAACUGUCAAAAAAAUGACAUCCCAACAGAAUGCAAACGUAUUAGAAAACCCAGCAAAAGACUCAUAGAAUGGACAGAGGAAUAUGAUCAGUUGUUUUCCACUAAAAAGAAAGCGAAAAAGAAAGAGUCCUUUACGAAGGUUGAAAACAAUAACUGCACUGGCACAGUGGAGAAAACAUCUGGUGAAAGUGUACAGAAACCUCAGGUGACAGAACAAGGUGAGUCAAGGCCCCUGCCAGAAUUACAGACUCCUCCUCCAGAAGACCGGAGCACUCCUUCAAUAAAUCCAUGUCAAGAGAGGCAGGUGUUGUCUGUAGACACUCUUACUCCACCUCCAGAAACAAUCCCAUCACCACAUGCUGAAAUUUGUCAUAAGGAGGAGCUUCAAAAACAAAAUGCUAUAGCCACUGGUAAUGGUGUGUGUCUAAGCACAAAGAGACAACGGAAACCCACCAAGAAGAUUCUAGAAAGUUCCAUAGAAUCUGAACCAAUUCUUGUGCCAAAAAGAAAGGUAAAGUCUCAAAAGAUUUGCUCAUCUGGACAAUCUGUAAAUUCAGGGAUGGGACAACAAUCAUCAAAAAGUAAGAACAAGUUGUCUUUUGAGUCAGUCGACACACCAACUGCCCCAAUCCUAGAAAGCACCGAGAUGGAGACAGAAGUUGCUCUUGCAAUGGCUAAUGCAGUUAACCCAGAAUCAGCCAAAGAUGGUUCAGAUGAUCUCAAAUGCUCAGAACCAGAGAUGGUUGAAUCUAGUUGUGGAUUGUGUUCGGAAAAAGAAGAAAAUUCACAAUCCGAUGAAGGAGUCUCUGAUAAAAGGCUCUCAGUGGAGAAAGGGGGCAGCACUUUACUGAAGGAGAAUGUGUGUCAGGCAUGUGAGAAGCAGGGAGACCUCCUUCUCUGUGAAGGGCAAUGCUGUGGGGUGUUCCAUCUACAAUGCACUGGCCUGAACGAGCCUCUUUCAGGGAAAUUUUUAUGUCAGGAGUGCACAUCUGGUAUACACUCAUGCUUUUCUUGUAAGAGCAUGGGUGAGGACGUCAGGCGCUGUAUGCUUCCAGGAUGUGGGAAGUUCUACCAUGGGGAGUGUGCUGCCAGCCAUGGACCCACAGUCCCUCUGAACCGGGCUUUUCGUUGCCCUCUUCAUGCCUGCCUAUCGUGUUUCAUCACAAACCCUACCAAUCCAUCUGUAUCUAAAGGCCAGCUAACCCGCUGUAUCAGAUGCCCUGUGGCAUAUCAUGCCAAUGAUUACUGCAUACCUGCUGGGAGUGUCACACUCACCGACAACAACAUAGUAUGUCCCAAUCACUUCUCACCAAGAAAAGGCUGCCGCAACCACGAGCAUGUCAACGUCAGCUGGUGCUUCGUCUGCUCAGAAGGAGGUAGUCUGCUGUGUUGUGAGUCAUGCCCUGCAGCGUUUCACCGAGAGUGUCUCAACAUCGACAUGCCUGAAGGCAGCUGGUACUGCAACGAUUGUCGUGCUGGAAAGAAACCCCACUACAAGGAGGUAGUGUGGGUAAAAGUUGGUCGCUACAGAUGGUGGCCAGCAGAGGUUAGCAAUCCCAAAGACAUUCCCGAGAAUAUCCUACGCAUGAGACAUGAUGUCGGAGAGUUCCCAGUUCUUUUCUUUGGCUCUAAUGACUACUUGUGGACUUACCAAGCCCGUGUUUUUCCUUACAUGGAGGGCGAUGCCAACAGUAAAGAGAAAAUGGGAAAGGGAGUCGACUCUACUUAUAGGAAAGCAUUGGAAGAAGCUGCAGUAAGGUUCAAAGAACUGCAAGCCGAGAAAGAAUUACGGCAGCUGCAGGAGGACCGACAAAAUCACAAAAAACCUCCACCAUACAAACAUAUUAAGGUGAACAAACCAAUUGGCAAAGUGCUGAUAAUUUCGGCAGACCUUUCGGAAAUCCCUCGCUGCAACUGCAAAGCGACAGAUGAGAACCCCUGCGGUAUGGAUUCAGAGUGCAUCAACCGCAUGCUGCUGUACGAGUGUCACCCACAGGUGUGUCCCGCAGGUGAGCGCUGCCAGAACCAGUGCUUCACCAAACGACAGUACUGCCAGGUGGAGAUCUUCAGAACGCUGUCUCGAGGCUGGGGGCUGCACUGUGUUCACGACAUCAAAAAGGGAGGAUUUGUUAACGAAUAUGUUGGAGAGGUGAUUGACGAGGAAGAAUGUCGUGCCCGGAUUAAACAUGCUCAGGAGAACAAUAUUGGCAAUUUCUAUAUGCUUACAUUGGACAAGGAUCGAAUUAUUGAUGCUGGGCCCAAGGGAAAUGAAGCCCGUUUUAUGAACCAUAGUUGUCAGCCAAACUGUGAGACUCAAAAAUGGACAGUCAACGGAGACACACGUGUUGGGCUUUUUGCGCUUACAGACAUCCCUGCUGGCACUGAGUUAACAUUCAACUAUAACCUUGAGUGUCUGGGCAAUGGGAAGACAGUGUGCAAGUGUGGUGCGUCUAACUGCAGUGGAUUCCUGGGAGUAAGGCCAAAAAACAACCCCCCAUCAGAUGAUAAAGGCCGUAAAAUGAAGAAGAAGUCUCAGAUGAAGCGUAAAUCCCAGCAGGAAGUAAUCAAGGAGCGGGAAGAUGAGUGCUUUAGCUGUGGAGAUGGAGGACAGGUUGUGUCCUGUAAGAGGCCGGGCUGUCCUAAGGUUUACCAUGCUGACUGCCUCAAUCUCACAAAGAGACCUGCAGGCCGUUGGGAGUGUCCUUGGCAUCAGUGUGACUUGUGUGGACAGGAAGCAGCUUCCUUCUGUGAGAUGUGCCCUAGCUCCUAUUGUGUCGAACAUCGAGAUGGCAUGCUUUUUAUAUCCAAACUGGAUGGCCGCUUGUCAUGCAGUGAGCAUGAUCCCUGCGGCCCCGAGCCCCUGGAGCCUGGCGAGAUCCGGGAAUACCCCCCAGAACUCAUGACAACAUACCCUAUAAACUUCAUCAGAGCUGCCAAAACCAAAUCCACAACCCUAAACACUACGGCUGUCCCGCAGGCUUCCUCUCCUCCUGAUGCAGCCCCCCAGGUGUCCUUUAGCCCCUCCAGAAGCCCUCCACCAAUUGACAUCUCUUUAAACUGUGCAUAUUCACCAAUUUCUUCCUAUGAAGAAGAAAACACAGAAGAGGAAGAAAGUUUGAUACAAUUAGAAGGGGAUGGUGAGAAGGGCGUAACUCCAGAUAAUUCGGCUAGAUUGAAGAUAAAGAAGAAAACCGAAGUUUGAAGGUUUAAUCUAUGGAAGCAAACUGACUUGAGGUUUACAUUUCCCAACAGACCUCUUUAUAGCCAUGCUCUCACUGCUUUCUGAUGUACAUCAUCUUUUCACUACAACAUACUUGAAGAGGGUACACAAAACACUUUGCAUCCCUGUCAGUAAUCCCUUUGAUGAAGAGGACAAUGUUUUCUGGAAAAAUGGUUUCAAACACUGAUUAAAUAGAACUGACUUUAUGCGGCAUCAUGUGAAAUCCGACUGUAGCCAGUGUUAUGUAUUUUGUUGCUGCAUCUGGGAAUAUGAAAGCUGUUGAACAUCCCAAAAAAGCAACAAUGAAGAGAAUGAAGAGACAGUAUUUAGGGAAGGGAAUAUAUUUUUCCUCAGAAACUCCAUUGCUUUCUUCAAGUCAAAUAAUAAUGACUAUAAACUCGUUUACCAAAACUGAUUUGUGCUGUAUAUUUGCUCUGUGAGCAAAUGGUACAGAAAUUAAGCUUAGUGGAAAUUUUAGUAUUAAGUAAGUGGUUCAUAAACACUUCCUCGUCAAAAAACAAAGUUACGGAAUACUGAGGAGUCUAGGAUUGGGUAAUCAUUACUGUUUUUAAUAUGUUUCUGGCAUGUUGUAGGUUUGGCAACAGUUCUUCAAACCCUAACUGAUGCACUGCACGGCUUUUUAUUUCUUAAACAACCAAGUCAAAAGACGUACAUGUCCAUGUUCCUUCAUGACAAUGUCAAGGUUCUUUGGGCCCAAAUUGGGAAAGAUUGGCCACCACAGAGUCCGGUGGGGAAGAAUUGCUGCCGAACAUAUAACGUGUCAGAAACAUAUUAAUCAUUGAAAUAAUAUUUCAAUCCUACAUUGUUAUGUAUUUGAUUAUUUAAAUCCAGACAGUGAUUUUUAUUUGGCCAAGCAGUUUAUUAAAGCCCAAAGUAUACUUUGGUUUUUACUAUAUGGAAACAUACAGUACGCAGGAACUGCAGACCAGUUAUUGUAAUUUGCACAUUACUAAUAAUUUGGUACACAAGGUGGCAACAUUGGGCUAAACCAUUGUUUCCAAAAAAAAAAAAACUAUAGGAGACUUUAGGUUGUUAAAGAUACACACAACCCUAAUUUAAUAUAGUACAAAGAGUUUUUAUCGUUUCUAGAGAGAAAUAGUAAAGACAUUAGAUGAAAAAUUGCAAAAUUAUAGUGCAUGUUCAUGCACAUGUACCCUACGAAUUUGCGUCAAAACUGAAGUUUACUUUGGAUUUAAGAGUGCAGUAAAUUGUGAUCUUAAUCAAUGAGAUUAAAAUAUCCUUGCUAUAUGGUGAAAUAACUUGAAGACCAUCAUUUUGAAGCACUUUUGUAUAAUAUUCCAAAAUGUUCCUGUUAAAAUGUUAAAACAAAAGCAGAACAUUUACAAGUAUGCUUAUAAUUUAUUUAAAUAGAUCAUUUAGGAAAUUCCCAGAAUUGUCAUUGAAUGAAUCUUUGCCAAACUGGCACAAAAUCCAGAAGAACUCGAUGGAGUCUACAAAGAAAGUGUUCUGCUUAAUCAUAUCCACUGAAGAGAGAUAUUUCCAAAUUCUUUGGUGUAAAUUAUGCUGUGAAUUUAAAGGUGGAAUGUGUGGGGUUUUUUUAAACACUUGUGGCAUCCAGCAGUUACAAAACUUUCAAACAAACAGGAAGUCCUGUCCCAACUUUCACCAGUCAUUUAGAAAGUGCAACUAUGUAAUAGGUCUCUUAACUGAACGACUCCGAUGAGUCUGUUCUGUCUCGCUGUAUAUAUUUUUUACACAUUAAAUCUAUACGGAAGUAGAUGACAAACUUUGCAAGCCUGAUAAUUAAACACUCCCAUUCAAGACUUUGAAAUUUAGUGAAUUCAUGUUCAGUUUUCCAUAAAGGCUGAUAUCUUAAAAGAUAUUCAACAUACAAUUUAAGCUGAAACCCUAUAGUUUAAAACACUAAUUGGCAAUUAAAGCCCUAAUAGUCUUCUGUGAAGCUAAUUUAUAGGACAAAUGAUUGUGGUUUGUUGCAUGUCUACACUCCUGACAUUUCUCUGCUGGUUUUCCUCACCCCCAUCUAACUGUUCAAGUGUUCCUCAUACUGAACAGCAUUUCAUUUUUUUUCUGUAUUUAUGUAUAUAAUUGCACUUAAUAGUUUUAACGCUGCUCUAAGUGUCAUUCCACUUCGGUAUAUUUCAGACAAUUUCUGGCAAAAGGGGGAAAAAAAAUCUGCUGCCUUGUUAGAGACUUUAAUUGUGCUGUAGUGCUUUGUACAGAAUAAACAACAUUACAC